AUGGCGUCAAGGCCAAAUAGAAUCACCUCCUUAACUUCCUCUUCGAGCGAAAAUCUUCAUCUGAGCCGACUUAUCCCAACUCCAUCUCCUGCUGAGCAUUCUUCAUUAAGGAAUAUAUUUAUGAAUGAUACAACGAAGUUGACGGUGAACGUAACCGCAGGUUCCCAGAUGUUUCCUUUCUUCUCCUCAAUAUCUGCUUUAUCAACGAAUGUUUCUGAUACUCGAAAUUGGAAUGCCGCUGAUAGUUUAAUUCACGGAUUCCACAAUGCAACGACUGAGGGAUUUAGAUCAAAUCAGAAAAGCGUCGAGAGUACUCCAUCAAAUUCGUGGAGAUCACAUAGAACUAAACGAAUGAGACUGACUGAGUAUUCAUGCAAUUGGUGUCGUAUGACAUUUCCAAAAGUGAAAGAUUUGGACAAGUACACGAAAGAGAUACAUGGAAAGUACUGUUGCCAAAAAUACAACUCUGAAUUUACAGAAUUCGCAAAUGUACCACAAGACCAAUCGAAACGGCAUAUGGACUCUCGUCACCCAGGUUACAAUCCUGCUAGAGAUAUAAGGGUUGAUGGUGAUAAUGCAAGGUUUCUCAAAUAUACACAAAUCGCUGUAAAUAACGAUCAUCAGGAAGUUGAAACGCCUGAAGUUAGGAAUUUACCGGUUGAUCUGACUUCUUCAAAGACACAAGUUGGGUUUGUGCAAAUGGACACUUCAAGUGGGGUGACCAUUGCAGUAAAAGCAGAGGAGAAACCCGAGGACACAUUUGCCUGA